GACGCUAUGGCGACACCAGAAUAUCAAAUCAUCCAUCACCCGAGCCAUCCACACCCAUUAGUACCUCUUUCAGAACCAAUUUUGCGAAAGUGCGAUGCUUGUGGGGAGAAACAUGAAGGGAUAUUUUAUCUCUGUACAACGUGUUUCGGUCUCUACAUUCAUAGAAGUUGUGCUUUCCUACCAAAAAAGUUGCUUAUUCAAGAGGUUACAAAUAAUAAUUUCUCUCAUCGUCAUCCACUCACUAUUUCUUACUCUUUUCCAUGGGCAGAACAAAAAGAUAACCUUAGGCCCAGGUGUAGGGUAUGUGAUAGAUUUCAUUACGAUGAGAACAGUUGGAUUUUAAAAUGUGAAAAAUGUCGAUACUUUGCCCAUCUAAGUUGUGCAACAUCAGGACGUGAUUCUCUUGGUAAUAAAAGAAUCAUACCGAAUUUUAAAGAUUCUGAUUAUCCUGAUCUCGUCCGUCUCCCAUUCCCUACCGCAAGUGAUAGCAUCCUAAAGCACCUCUUUUCAAACCAAGUUAUUGGAUGUGAAAAUUUUAAAAUGGAAGAUGCUGGAAACCCGAAACCUUAUAACUGCCAUCCACACCCAUUGAUUCUUGUUCGUACAGAGUCGGGCGCAAUGCCAUCCUCCUCCUCAACAACUAUUCUUUUAUCAUGUCUUCAUGACCCAAUGAAGAAGAUCGAGUUGUUAUGCAAUGGUUGCUUGAGACCAAUCACCAAUAUGCCAUUUUACAAAUGUGCCGACAAAUGCGACAACUUUGUUCUCCAUGAGUGGUGCACCCGACUUCCUGAUAAACUCGAGAAUCAAUGGGAUCACCCUGCACCACAUACACUCUUUCUCCAACCAAGUGCCUCUAAUAAGUUUUUCUCUGUCUUUGUUUGUGCCAUUUGCCAGCUUCCGUGUAAUGGAUUUGUCUACACUUGUGUGCAAUGUGAUUAUCAUAUUGAUGUUAAAUGUGCAUUCUUAUCCGAAAAAAUAACACACGACGCUCAUCCGGGUCACCUCAUGUCAAGGGUUAAGAGAGUAUAUGACAAUGCGGUUUGUCAUGUAUGUCGAAUUACUUAUAAUUAUGAUCAAUCUGAAUUCCAUUGUGACACUUGUAGUGACGUAUGGGUACAUACGAGUUGUGCUAUGUUAUUGCCUGGAGAAAUCAGGCACAAGUAUGACAAGCACCCAAUGAGGAUAUGUUACACCCCAGUUGAAAAUCAUAAAAGCCAAUAUUUUUGUGAAAUUUGUGAAGAGGAAUUUGAUCCAGAGGUUUCUUUCUACCACUGUUAUCAGUGUGCCCAAUCCAUCCAUACUCAUUGUGCGCCGCUAAUACUUCAAUCUGAAAGAGCUCAGUGCUUGUAUGGAUGGUCGGGAGUUUAUGAGAUUACACAUAACGAGUUCUAUACAAGGCCAAAUCUUGGAGUUUUUCUAUUUGUGAAUAUAAAGUUUGGGGGAAUAUUGCAAACCAAGAUGGUCUUCAAGGAUCACCCGCACCACCCUCUCAUUUUUGAUCAAGGGAUUCAUAGUGAUGGUACCUGCAACAAGUGUGGUGAAAUAUUGCAAAACAAGAUGAUCUUCAAGUGUCAACAAUGCACAUAUGCAAUUGAUUUGGAUUGCUGUGAGAAUUUAACUAAGCAUCGAUCAGCUAAUUAAUUAAAAGAGUUGUUUUUUAACCACUGGAACCGAGGCGGCCGGGCUGAUGUCAUUCUCUCUUCAAUGGAGAAUGAAUCAACUUAAAUUAGUUGAAUGCUGUUUAUAUACUAUAUAUAUACAGUAAUACUUUGUUUACUAAUUAGUUUGAUAGUUGCAGUGUUUCAUGAAAGUAAAAUUGUUUUCCGUGUCAUUUUCUUUUAUUUUCCUUUUAAUGUUAUGGUUAUUAUAAUUACAAAGCGUUAAAUUAUCCAUA